AUGGCGUCCAGCCUGACGUGUGAAGGGCACAACAAUCGGUGCAAGGAUGUUGUCACGACACUGGCACGUCGCUGUCCGGAAACUGUCAAGUUAGGUUGUGAAGUAUCGGAAGAAGAUGAAAGCACGUGUUACUCUAACAAGCACUGUAGUAAAGAACAACUGUGUUGCACUGUGGGAUGUAUUAAAGAAUGUGUUGAUCCAGUGCGUAAUACGACACCGUCAUUUACUGGUAAGACAGCAGUAAAGCCACCUGUCAGGCGACCUGUGAGGAAACCUGUGAGGAAACCUGUCAGAAGACCAGCCAGGCGACCUUUUCCGAAAAACGCGCGAAUAUGUUAUAAACAGUCUCAUUGUCGACGACACCAGUGCUGUACAAAUCCAAAGCCUGGAGCGAAAAUAGGACUUUGUAUGAACAGGAGACGAAUUGCAUAUAGAUGCCACAACCCAAGACGCACUGGAGCCUAUCACGUGUGGUGUCCUGGACCUGCUGGUAUAAUUCACCCUGACCUCUGCCCAUGUGGGUGUGGAGAUUUCUGUGCCAUGGGUCCUAGUCCAAGACGACAUGCACAUGGAGGAUAUAUUGGAAUAUGUUCGUUUGGUUGAUCGAUGGCGAUGCGGUUUGAAGGUGAAACAAGAAUUCACACAAAUACUUAUUUCUGUUUUGUAUUUAACAAUGUAAAUAAAUAUUAUCCUUUCAA